GUCACGUGGUGUGGCUGCCUCCUCGAUACGCUAUUACUCCUGAUCUCAACGUUAGAUGUACAAACUCAACUGCACUGUCUUGGGCGAUGAUCCUCGCCUUGUAUUUGAGAUCAAGACUGCACCGACAGAGAGUGUCAGCGCCCUCCGAAAGGUUAUCAAGGACGUGAUGAAACCACAAUUUGAACAUGUUGCCGCUGACGGUCUGACGCUAUGGCAGGUCGACUUGCCUGUAAACAAGACGAUCGAGCAAAACCUUACCAGUUUUACACUUGACACAAAGAAAUGCCUAUUACCUGUGGCUGAAAUGCUCGACAAUGCUCAGCGUAAGCAUGUGCAUGUGCAUAUCAUCAUCCGGCCCACACCUACCGUGUCUUCUGGACCGCUCCACCUCAAACUCAACUACAUUCUCUCAGGUGAUAAUCUUCGCCGUGUAUUUGAAAUCAAGAUUGCACCGACAGAGAGUGUCAGCGCCCUCCAAAAGCUUAUCAAGGACGCGCAGAAGCCACAAUUUGACUGUGUUGCUGCUGACGCUUUCGAGCUAUGGCAGGUCAAGGUUAAUUUGAACGACCUACACUUACUCGACGCAAUCAAAGACCAAGGUGUGGAGUUGAAGCCGUUAACCAAAUUGUUCGAAGUGUUCACGGAUGGAGUAGAGCGCGGAUGUGUUCAUGUCGUCGUACUACAUCCUACUGUUGGAGAAAACCCUAUCGUUGCACAACGAAUCGCUUAUCUCAGGAGGGACACACGUCUCCAAAAUUACCCAACCUACAUCUAACUAUAUACAAGCGCAUACCGCUCGGCGGCUCGUCUUGGACAACUGCGUAGUAUAGUUCGUUUAUAAUAACAACUAAUGUGUAUUUUAUUUGAAGACAUGUUUGCGCAUAUAGAGAUGCGCCAUUCGCUCGCUCGAUCAUCAUUUCUUGUCUCAUUCACUGGAUGCUCUCGCUUGAACGGUUGUUGCUAUAUGCUCCCGCUUGCUUGUACGCUCUCGCUCAUUUACUUGGUACUCUCGGUUAGCUCACUGCCAUAUCUCUUACUGCCGUCUUUGUGG